AUGUCAAAUAACCAACAAACUUUAGAAGAUCGUCUUCUUCGCAUGGCAGCUACUAAUGUCAGUGAUCUACCUGCCUUUCCUGACAAUAAGAGUGACCUCCCUUCUGACUUUGAAUAUGACCCCAAUAGCUAUGAACAAGAAGAAGAAGUAGUUGAGGAGAUAACAGAAGCUGAGUUGUUAAAGUAUCUGGAUGAACAAGAAGACGCUCUCUCGAUAGCACAAAGGUUAUUUUAUCAUGAACUAAACACUACAGAGUAUCAACAUCAAUGCUCAUCAUGGGAUCUACAGUGCUUGACUCCCAAUGACGUAGAAGAGCUGUAUGGCAAAGGAUGGACCGAGAUUGAAGGGUUGAUUGAUUUGAAUAUAUUGAGAGGAGCGUUUGAGGAAUCAAAAAACUUACAAGAGCGUAACUUGUUUGUUCCUCCAAGCCAAUUAAAAGAAACUUUGGAUGAUCCAUAUAGAGAUGUUACUGCCCGUGGUGAUUCGAUUAUUUGGUUAGACCCCCAAGGUAACGUUGACAACCAAGCAUCGAUGGAGCCUCCACCCUAUCUUGAAAAGGUCUUGGCCUUCUUACAAGGGCCACUCUUUCAUGAUAUAUCAAGAAUGAUCCGACUGAUAGGGCAGAGACUGGAAUGUCAAUUGUCAUUUUAUCAUUCGAAUGGUGCACGAUAUGAAAGACAUAGAGAUGCAUUCCCAACAGAUGAUCCAAAUGAUCUAUACCAAAGACGUGUAACAGUGGUAGUGUUCUUAAAUCCUGGUUGGAUGUCAGAAGAUGGCGGAGAAUUGAAAAUAUACGGCCGAAAGGACAAAAAGGGAAUGCCUGAAGGAGCAGAAAGAGUGAUUAGACCGCAGCUAGGACGUAUGGUGAUUAUGAUGAGUGGUGCGAUAGAUUAUGAAAUGAUGCCCUCCUAUAAAGACCACUUUAUGUUGACGACAUGGCUGAGGUAA